AUGAAACUCGCAGUCACAGUAUUGUCAUCAAUCCUGUUGGCUUGUUCGGUCACUACAGCCAACCCAGUCAAUCCAAGUGCAACUACAAGUACCGAUGCUAGCACUUCAACAACUCAACCCACUGCAACUGAAAGUAACAAAUCUGGGCUUUGGACAGCUUCUAAUGAAGAAAUUGCAAAUUGGGUUGAUGUUAGUCAAUUUACAAAGGCCGAUGCAGAGUUGAUCAAACAAUACCUAAAACUAACCCAAGAACGUGAAAAAGCAAAAGAAAUGCGGAACUUGCUAAAACAAGAAAUUCCUAAACAAGAGAAACUAGUAAAACAGCUAGAUCAAGAAUCUUGGUGGCUUUUCCGUGAAUUUGGAAAAGGAAAAGGUCCAAAGUACGGAAAGAAGCUCAACGAAGCCAGAGAAAAGUAUAGAAAAGAAGAGAUAAAACGUAUCAAGCUUGAAAAGGAGUAUUAUAAAAUCAAUCCCAAAGAUAUUGAUUUGGGCCUUAAAUUAGAUUUUGUCGAAAAAGAGCUCGCAAAGCGCCUGUUUGGAGACGAUCUGAAUUCGCCACUAUUUUACUCUCACGUGGGUUUUAUGAGAUCAAAUAUUGGUUUUGUUGAAAACAUACUUAAAUUCCUCAAUUUCCAACUAGACCAACAGUCAGAAUCUGAGCAAGCCUCCACUAGUGGAACCCAGAGUUUACCACGGAAUUAUAAAAGUUUAUCAAGCAAAACGCCUACAGACCAACCCACUCAAAUCUCAUCCAAUACAAAGGGAACUUUCAAAGUUCGUUCUAGUACACGGAAAGCUUAUUCCAAAAUGAAAAGUAGUCUUGGAUCACGCUGGAGUCAAUUCAAAAACGAUGAUGAUUCAUCUGAUUCGGAUGAUUGA